GGCUCGUUUCUCUCUCAUCCUCAUCAUCUAAACACCGGCUCACGCUCGCACUCCCUUAUCCGAUCUUCUGUCUCUCUAUCAUCAAUUCCCUACACAAGUCUUCUCCUUUAUCCCUGUGUCCUUCUUCUUCCUCUUCCCAUGACACUCCCUCGAUUGCGCUUCAUUCACAGGCUGGCUACAGUUUUCUCUUCAUAGUAGUGGUCGAGCACAACCGCACGAGGGUCGUAGAAUGUCGUGUUUAUUGCCACAAUUCAAGUGCCAGCCCGACACUUUCUCUAUCCACUUCAGAACUCAUCCUCAUGUUGCUCUUCCCUCCACUCACUCUCAUUCGCAUUCCCAUCUCUCAAAAAAUAGAGAAACUCUGUGUUUCCAAGCACAAUGUGUUUUAUCUGCCACAUCUCCUUCUACCUCAUUAUCAACUGGGUCAGCAGCAGUUCUUAGUUUGGAAAAGUUGGCGUUAACUCCUGUAGAUGUUAAUUCUGAUUUAGUCACUCCAAACCGACCAUGGACAUAUAUUGGUACAACUGGUCCACCCACAGAGGCAAGCUUUAAAGCUACUCUAGCUACAGAAUCUCUUAUUACUAAUGAAGAGGCCGUAAUAGCUGCUGCUGCUUCUGAAGCUGUUGCCCUUGCUAAAGCAGCUUUAAAGGUUGCAAAGGAUGCAGCUAUGCUAGCCAAAAAUAAGUCCCCAGUAGAACCGGAGUAUAAACCAUCCGUUUCUUCCAAACCUGAUAACUUACUUCUUAAAUGGGUUCAACGUAUGGAAGCAGAAGAUGGUCUAGUGGGAGGAUCCACGGGCACUGAAGAAGAGACAAAGCAAGGUGGUAGCAUAAAUAACAAUGAAGAGGAAUCUGAUGAUGUGGAUCCGACAAAUGAGGAACUUGAGCGUUUGGAGGAACAGCUUCUUGGCAACGUAGCUGUAAGAUCAAGGCGCCAACCUGAGCGAAAAGCUAGAAGAGCCAGAGCAGCUGAGAGGGCUUCCACAAACAUUCUAUCUUUCAAGACUAGCUCUUCAAGCCGAAAAAAACGUGCUACUGUGCAAGAAGUAGACUAUACUGAUCCAUUGCGAUAUAUAAGAGCAACAACCAGCACUACUAAACUUCUUAGUCCAACUGAAGAACUUGAGCUAUCGGAAGGAAUACAGGACCUACUGAAGCUAGAAAAACUCCAGGAGGAUCUUGCAGAAAGAUGUGGCAGUCCACCAACAUUCGCUCAAUGGGCUGCAGCAGCAGGAGUUGAUCAGAAAACCUUGAGAAAGCGCUUGAAUUAUGGCACCUUUUGCAAGGACAAAAUGAUUAAAAGUAAUAUACGGCUUGUCAUAUCAAUUGCUAAAAAUUAUCAGGGGGCUGGAAUGAAUCUCCAAGAUCUUGUACAGGAAGGAUGUCGAGGCCUUGUGAGAGGUGUUGAGAAGUUUGAUGCGUCAAAGGGUUUCAAGUUCUCCACCUAUGCUCACUGGUGGAUUAAACAAGCUGUUCGGAAAUCACUUUCUGAUCAGUCAAGGACAAUCCGCUUACCGUUCCACAUGGUGGAGGCCUCUUACAGAGUGAAGGAGGCAAGAAAACAAUUGUAUAGUGAAAAUGGAAGACAACCUGAUAAUGAAGAAAUCGCUGAGGCGGCUGGACUCUCCAUGAAGAGGCUAAAUGCUGUAUUUAUGACCCCAAAAGCUCCUAGAUCACUGGAACAAAAGAUUGGGAUCAACCAGAAUCUUAAACCCUCGGAAGUAAUCGCGGAUCCAGAUGCAGAAACAGCUGAGGAAUUGCUCAUAAAGGAAUUUAUGAAGAAGGAUCUUGAACUUGUACUGGACAGUUUGAAUCCGAGAGAGAAGCAGGUGAUAAGAUGGAGAUUCGGCAUGGAUGAUGGAAGAAUGAAGACCUUGCAAGAGAUAGGAGAAAUGAUGGGUGUGAGUAGAGAAAGAAUUAGACAAAUUGAGGCAUGUGCAUUUAGGAAACUUAAGAACAAGAGAAGAACCAAGCAUUUGCAGCAAUAUUUGGUUUCAUAACCUUAUCAGAUAUAUGAAUGUUUAGACUUUAUUUGAUAGCUUUCCCAUAUGUAUGUUUUCCCUCCAUUUUUUCUUCCGUCUAAAAGGGAAAAGGAAAAGUAUUCGCAUUAUAUUAGAGAAUUGAUGUACACAGAAAGGUUAAUUCUUGAUUUAGAGGUUCUUUCAUUUUGUUUA